CUCGGCAUUCCGGUGACGUUCCUUUCACGACGUCAGAGCCAUGCUCUGAGCAGCUCUGAGCGACGAUCUCCAUUUCUACGUGACGUUUCUUUCGGCGACCUACUACUAUAGUUUUUAAACGUAAGGUACACAAAACAAAGAGAUGGAAAAUGACAAGCCCAAGCACAGGCCAAGGAGCCAAGCCCAAAGGAAGAGGAGGCAUAACCUGUCUCAGUGGGGUCAGGUACAGAAGAGGAUUUCAACGUGGUGCAAUAAAUCGCAAAAUGAGUUUGGCGUUACGCCAUUUUGCUUUUCUUUGUGGCUUGACACAAAGAAAGGCAAAACAACCGUCAACUUUACAGGACCAGAGUAUUUGAAGGCGUUUUUCAAUGACGAUAUGGUGACAAAAUUGAUUGAGCACCACUCGUCAUACAAGCAACACUUCUUGGAGCAUGGAGCUGCAGAGCAAGGAGCUGAGGGGGUGUAUGUCGACCCCAGUGUCGACAUUCACUUCCUGAGGGCUACUAUUGGCACCAUCACGAAGAAAUACUUGAAAGAACAGAAGAAAUCACACAGGUACCUGCCUGAAAAUCGACCUGCCUGGUGGCCUCUGGCAAUACCUUUCAGCUCGCCAAACAAUGGAAAAAAUCAAGAGAGGAAAGACCUCGAUGUACAGGCACUGCUGGCCAUUGCAGUGUCAUAUAAUGAAUUUCAUGGAUUCAAGAGGCCAGACGACACUGAAAAUGAGCAAGUGGCUGGGACUUCCUCUUCUCAACAAGAGAAUUAAAUGAUGGACAGUGUUGGGCAGUUCUUGUGUGAUCUACUGUAUUGUGAUGCAAGAGUGGUGCCACAAUUAAAACACAAAAGGUCCACAAUGUACCCCAAAACCAAUCGUGUGUCAUCUGUCACUCACAUGUGCACAUUGCAGUAAAUAAAAAUAGUCAUAAACAGUCAUAUUAGACCAUAUAUAGGACCCAAUAGAGAACAUACACAUAGAACUACUAUUCUGGGAACUGAAUGUGGAAAAAACACCCAAGGAUUAUUGUUUUAAAAAUGUU